GAUAUGAACAAAUCGAUGACCAAUUCAAAUCCAAUGGAAUACGACUGUGAUUCAGAUGAUUGGCAAGAAGUCACACUGCCUGAUUCGCUUUCAUCUGAAAAGUAUACUUGUUUAAUGUGUGAGAAUAAUUUUAACACAGCUCCAUUAUUUUUUCAACAUCUUACCCUUCAACAUGAUUGGGUCAAUUUUUUAGACGGUGAAGGCAAAAGUAUUUUCAAUGAUCAAUAUGAUUGGAUUCGAUUCGUUAAUUUUGUUCGCAAAACUAAACCAGUGGAUUUACGUCAAGCAUUUUAUGAUAUGGUUUGGAAAACUGACUCCUUAGAUCUACUCUAUCCAGUUCUACCGGAUGAUGAAGUUCUAUCGAUUGAUAUUGAAUCCUAUUUAUUGGAUAAUCAACGAAGUGAUCAGUCAUCUGGGAUAGUUGUACGUGAAAAGUCAACUAUUCAACAACCUGUAUCACAAGAAAUGUCACGUAUCAUGGCAGAAAACAAAAUGUUACGUACUCAGUUAAACAAUUGCAAACGUUUACUUUCAACUAUGUCUGCCCAAUCAGUUCGAAGAAAAUCAUCUGACCAAUCGCCUGAUUAUGACUUCGACAUGGAACCGAAUGAUUCCUCAUAUUUUGGAUCUUAUGGUCACUUUGAAAUACAUGGUGAAAUGAUAAAUGAUCGUGUACGUACUGAAUCUUAUGUGAAUUUCAUCUUGUCUAAUUCAAACAAAUAUUUUAAGAAUAAAAUUAUCUUGGAUGUUGGCUCUGGUUCAGGUAUCUUGUCGAUUAUCGCUGCACAAGCUGGUGCUUCACAUGUUUACGGUGUAGAAGCUGCUGACGAGAUCUAUGCAGCUUCACAUGAAACUUUAAGAGUGAACAAUUUACUAGAACGUGUUACUUUUAUUCAUGGUCAGGCGGAAUCUGUUGAAUUGCCAGUUAAAAAGGUCGAUGUAAUCAUCUCUGAAUGGAUGGGAUAUUUUUUGUUUUUCGAAUCAAUGCUUGAUUCUGUCUUAAAAAUGGCAUCAAAAUAUUUAUCCCGUGAUGGACAUAUUUUCCCACGUCAUUAUACAUUAAAUUUAUUAGGUGUACAAUGUUCCGAACAUUUACGUAAACGUCGUUUAGAACAUUGGAACGAUGUAUACGGGUAUAAAAUGCCAGCAUUACGUCGUGCUGCAUUAAGUGAAGCACAUGUAUUAAAUUUAACAAAUGAACAUGUUACACCGCCAAUAUCCCCUGUUACUAUAUUAACACAAUCAUUUGAACUGGUUGCACUGGAUUUAGACGAUAUGCAUCGUAAUCGUAUUUAUAAUUUAUCAAAUCAUUGUUCACUUUUAUGUGAACAAAAAUUUCAUUUAAUUAUACAACCCACAACUACUACUAAUAAUAACAAUAGUAGUAGUAGUUAUAAAUUAGACGCCAUUGUUGGCUAUUUCAAUGUACGUUUUGAUGAUGACGCCGAUUGUAAGGUUGAAUUUUCAACAUCCCCAACUACUCCUUUAACACAUUGGAAGCAAACGUUACUAUUUUUAGAUAAGCCGAUUUCUGUAAAACCAGGCGAUAAAAUCUCUGGCAUAAUAACUAUUCGUCGUGCAACUACCGAUAAUCGUGGCUUAGAAAUCAAUCUAUUAAUUGGUGAAACAGAAAAUUCACCUGAAAUCAAACAAACGUUUGAUUUAAUCGGUUAAAUUAUCAAAGCCUACACUGAUUAAGUGAAGAACAAUAAGAAAAAGAAGAAGAAGAAGUUAACAUGUAUAAAAAGUAAUUUGAUCAAAGUGGACAAUAAGUAAAUAACCUUAGGUAUUUACUUUUUUUUAAAUAAAAAGAGAUACGAUUAACCUACAUUUGCAUACGAGAGAAAAAACAACAAUAAAUACAGCCCACCCCCCAUUCACCCAAAAUGUGUUACAUGACAUUUUUGUAAUUCAGUAUAUUCAUUUGAAUAAAGCUUAUUUAUUGUCA